GGUGAUUGUGGUGCUGAAAUGAAUACGUCAAAAUGAAUAAAUAGCAGAAUUCGUUAAUUAAUUUCUUAAUUUUAUUUCAAAAUUUGUGAGAGCAGCAGUCCGAAUAAUUGUCCGGACUUUUUAUGUGAAGACAUACAUUUUUCUUAUUGGAAACUGAGUCAAUAUUCAAUAUUCAAAUAAGCAUUUAAAACAUUUCUGUUUUUGCGAAGUGAACCGAUUGUGUAGUUAUUUUUUUUUUUGAUAUCUGUUGUGGAUACUUGAGUACGUCCAUUCGCCGCUAAUAGAGUGAGGUCAUCUCAUAUCAUUGCUUUUUUUUGUUGAUAAUUCUAAAAGCGCCGUUGGAGCACGCGGGCCGCGUAAACUUUUAUAUAUAUAUAUAUUAGAAGAAAAAAAAACGUGACAGUCAUUCUGAUAAUUUUUUUUAAAAAUUAAAAAUAAUUUUUUUUUAUAUUUAAAAUCUUGUACAAAUUUAUCGUGUGCAAAGAAUUGUGAAAUAAUUUCUGCCAUAUACGCGUACCCCUUUUGAAGUGGGUUGAGGAUUGCAGCAGCACAAAAAAUAAUAAAAAAAACAAUUGCCUUUAAGUGCAUUACACAAUAAAGAAAAUCCAUCCUCUCAUUAGAAACGGUUUAUCCACUUUCAAUUGAAGUUGAAGUGGUUUUUCCUGUGCUGCAAGCAAAUCGUUAUCCUCGUUUAAAUAAUUUACACAACACCUAAGAGAAUACAGACUGCAAGUGGCAGAUUUUAAGUCGUAUAUUAAAUUAUAUUAUAAAAAACAAAACAUUUAAGCCGAAAUGGGUCUUUUAAGCGAGGGUAGUCCACUUUCAUGGGAAGAAACAAAAAAAUUAGCAGAACAUGUACGCGAACAUGGUAUUAAUCAAUUCAUAAAUCUCUAUCACAGAUUGAAAGAUCGCCAAGGUGAUAUUCUUAAAUGGGGCGAUGAAGUCGAAUAUAUAAUCGUAAAAUUUGAUGAUGAAAACAGAGUAGCGCGAGUAUCGUUAAAAGCCCAAGAUUUACUAGCAAAAUUAAAUGAAAAAGAAAUAGCCGAUCCACAUGGUGUCAAAUCACUAUGGCGGCCAGAAUAUGGGGCUUAUAUGAUAGAAGGUACACCAGGAAAACCAUUCGGUGGUUUAAUGGCAAAUUUAAAUUUAGUCGAAGCAAAUAUGCGAUACAGACGACAAGAAGUAACACAAUUAUUGGAUAAAGAUGAAUGCGUUAUGUCUAUAACGAAUUUCCCACGUUUGGGUGCACCAGAAUUUACUUAUCCCAUAUAUUAUCCUAAACCAGAUGAUCCAAAAAGUGCAGCAAAAUCACUUUAUUUUCCAGAUGAGGCUAUCUUUCCAGGACAUCCACGAUUUAAAACGCUCACUCGUAAUAUAAGACAAAGGCGUGGUGAGAAAGUGGCUAUAAAACUUAAAGUAUUUAAUGACGAGAAUACCAAAAUUCCUGUGCUUGGCGCACCAAAGAAUGAGCCAGACGUUGUAUUAUUAGAUGCCAUGGGCUUUGGUAUGGGUUGUUGUUGCCUACAAUUAACAUUCCAGGCUUGUAAUAUUACUGAGGCGCGUACAUUGUACGAUCAGUUAGCGCCACUCUGUCCAAUAAUGUUAGCUUUAACAGCUGCCUCACCAAUAUACAGAGGUUAUCUAACUGAAUCGGACUGCCGUUGGAACGUUAUCAGUUCAUCAGUAGAUUGCCGUACUGAAGAAGAACGUGGUCUAAAACCAUUGCGUGAAAAUAAAUUCCGUAUAGCGAAAUCACGUUAUGACUCAAUUGAUUCAUAUCUUUCAACGGAGGGAGGAAAAUAUAAUGAUGUUCCACUGACCUAUGAUGAGAAAGUGUAUAAACGCUUGAGAGAUGGUGGAAUUGAUGAUUUACUUGCGCAACAUGUGGCACAUCUUUUCAUACGUGAUACAGUUUCAUUAUUCAGCGAGAAAGUACAUCAGAAUGAUGAAGAAGAUACAGAUCAUUUUGAAAACAUACAGUCCACAAACUGGCAAACGAUGCGUUUUAAGCCACCACCACCGAAUUCAUCGAUCGGCUGGCGUGUGGAGUUCAGGCCAUGUGAGGCACAAAUUAGUGAUUUUGAAAAUGCUGCAUUUGUAUGUUUUGUUGUAUUAUUGACAAGAGUGAUUUUAUCGUAUCAACUAAAUUUCCUCAUACCCAUAAGUAAAGUUGAUGAAAAUAUGCAAACAGCACAAAAACGUGAUGCUUGCCGUAAAGAGAAAUUUUGGUUCCGUAAAGCACAUCAUCGUGCACGAGCACCCGAACUUAAUGGUACUGUUAACGGCACCAAAGAGAAUGGUGUUAACGGCUACGAUGAAAACUAUGAACUUAUGACUAUAGGAGAAAUUUUUAAUGGCAAGCCCAAUACUUUCCCGGGUCUAGUGCCACUUAUUCGCAGUUAUUUGCAGUCCAUGGAAGUUGAUACCGACACUCACUGCACCAUCGAACAAUAUUUACGUUUCAUACAAAAACGUGCUUCUGGAGAAUUUGUAACCACAGCAACUUGGAUCAGAACAAAGGUCUUGCAGCAUCCAGAUUACAAAAAAGAUUCAAUUGUGAGUGACAGCAUCAAUUAUGAUUUGCUUAAAAAAAUACAGGAAAUUCAAGAAGGUACGCUUAUUGAACCAGCGUUGAUUGGACAAGGAAAUCGUUCCAAAACGAAAGAUUUUCUACCACCUGCAUUGCAAAAGCAUUUAGCCUUGAAUGGCUGCUGUGUUGGUAAAUGACCACCAGAAGCACGUGAACAAUAAAAACUUCAGGAACAUUACCAGCCGAUAGCCACAGGUUGGGGCCAAAGUGGCGGUAUUAAUUGGGUCUCAAUUGGGGUUGAAUUUAGUUUUAGUAAAUUAAAAAUUUCUUUGUUAAUAUUAUUAAACAUAAGUGUUUAAAUUAUAAAAAAAGAUC